AUGGAGGUCUAUGACCCGGAUGUGGGAGUGAACUCUCUGCAGGGCUUCAAGCUCAGCGAGAAUAGUCACUUCUCAGUGGACAUGCCAAAGCAAGCUGAUGGGCCCAAAUACCCGGAACUGGUGCUGGAGCGGGCCCUGGAUCGGGAGGGAGAGGCCAUUCACCAGCUGGUCCUUACUGCCAUGGAUGGUGGUGACCCUGUCCGCACAGGCAUGGCUCGAAUUCUGGUAACUGUCCUAGAUGCAAAUGACAAUGCUCCGGUGUUCACUCAGCCCGUGUACCGUGUGAGUGUUCCUGAAGAUCUGCCAGUAGGUACCCCAGUGUUGUCGGUCAAUGCCACGGACCAGGAUGAAGGACUCCAUUCGGAAGUCACAUACUCUUUCGUGAGGAUAACAGACAAGAUCUCAAAGACUUUCUGCUUGAAUGUUUUGACCGGAGAAAUAACGACUUCUGCAAAUCUAGACUAUGAGGACUCCAGCUUUUAUGAGCUGGAUGUCGAAGCCCGGGAUCGGCCAGGUCUACAAGAUAGAGCCAAAGUCUUCAUAACUAUCUUGGAUGUGAAUGACAAUGUCCCCGAAGUGGUGGUGACAUCUGGAAGCAGAUCAGUUGCUGAAAGUACACCUCCAGGCACAGUGAUCGCUCUUUUUCAAGUAUAUGAUCGAGACUCUGGACCAAAUGGCCUGGUAACAUGUUCUAUCUCAAGAAGCCUACCAUUUGAACUGGAAAAAUCGGUGGACAAUUAUUAUCGAUUAGUGACCAAUACAGUUCUAGAUCGAGAGCACGUGUCCAUGUAUAACAUCACUGUGACAGCGACAGACGAAGGAAGGCCGCCUCUGUCUACAGAAAUCCUCAUCUCUCUAAACGUGGCAGACAUCAAUGACAACUCACCUGCCUUUCCCCACUCCUCCUACUCCGUCUACAUCCCUGAGAACAACCCCAGGGGUGCCUCCAUCUUUGCAGUGACUGCAUACGACCCUGACAGCCGUGAGAAUGCCCAGGUCACCUACUCCCUGGCUGAAGACACCAUCCAGGGGGUACCUCUGUCUUCCUACAUCUCCAUCAACUCUGACACUGGGGUCCUGUAUGCCUUGCUCUCCUUUGACUAUGAACAGUUUCGUGACCUGCAGUUGAGAGUGAUUGCGAGUGACAGUGGGGACCCACCUCUCAGCAGCAAUGUGUCUCUGAGCAUAUUUGUGCUGGAUCAGAAUGACAACACACCUGAAAUCCUGUACCCCGCCCUCCCCACGGAUGGCUCCACGGGUGUAGAGCUGGCACCCCGCUCCGCAGAGCCUGGCUACCUGGUGACCAAGGUGGUGGCGGUGGACAGAGACUCGGGCCAGAACGCCUGGCUGUCCUACCGCCUGCUCAAGGCCAGCGAGCCCGGGCUCUUCGCGGUGGGGCUGCACACGGGCGAGGUGCGCACAGCGCGGGCCCUGCUGGACAGAGACGCCCUCAAGCAGAGCCUGGUGGUGGCGGUCCAGGACCACGGCCAGCCCCCCCUCUCGGCCACCGUCACGCUCACCGUGGCUGUGGCUGACAGCAUCCCAGAUGUCCUGGCCGACUUGGGCAGCUUAGAGAUCCCACACCACUCUGACACUUCAGGCUUGACAUUGUACCUGGUGGUGGCGGUGGCUGUGGUCUCCUGUGUCUUCCUGGCCUUUGUCAUCGUGUUGCUGGCGCUCAGGCUGAGGCGCUGGCACAAGUCACAUAUGCUCCAGGCCUCAGGAGGCGGACUGGGUGGCAUGCCUGCCUCCCACUUCGUGGGCGUGGACGGGGUGCGGGCUUUCCUGCAGACCUAUUCGCACGAGGUGUCGCUCACCGCGGACUCGCGGGGGAGCCACGUGAUCUUCCCGCAGCCCAACUAUGCGGACACGCUCAUCAGCCAGGAGAGCUGUGGGAAAAGUGAGCCUCUUUUGAUUCAGGAAGAUAUUUGCAAAGAGCAAGACUCCUUUGUUCAGGUGAGGUGA